AAGAGGACGCUCCGUAGACUCGGCGCCAGCCGCCUCCCUCUUCGCGCUCUGCGACCGCCGCGGCGAACAUGGCCUCAGGAGUGCAAGUUGCAGACGAAAUAUGUCGCAUUUUUUAUGACAUGAAAGUUCGGAAGUGCUCCACACCAGAAGAAAUCAAGAAAAGAAAGAAGGCUGUCAUCUUCUGUCUCAGUGCAGACAAAAAGUGCAUCAUCGUGGAGGAAGGCAAAGAGAUCUUGGUGGGAGAUGUUGGGGUCACCAUAACCGAUCCUUUCAAGCAUUUUGUGGGGAUGCUUCCUGAAAAAGAUUGUCGCUAUGCUCUGUAUGAUGCAAGCUUUGAAACAAAGGAAUCCAGAAAAGAGGAGUUGAUGUUUUUCCUGUGGGCACCAGAACUAGCUCCUCUGAAGAGUAAAAUGAUCUACGCGAGCUCCAAGGAUGCCAUCAAAAAGAAGUUCCAAGGCAUAAAACAUGAAUGUCAAGCAAAUGGGCCAGAAGACCUCAAUCGGGCUUGUAUUGCUGAAAAGCUAGGUGGAUCCCUAAUUGUAGCUUUUGAAGGAUGCCCCGUGUAGACCAUCAUCUGGUGCCACAAAUCGAAAGCUUCCGUGUUUAAUGUUAUCCUCUUGCUAUGUAUAAGUAAAGCAGACAAUGUUUAGGCUAGGGACUCACUGAAGGGGAGCUCUCUUGUCAUUUGUGGGGGUAAACUAUUCUAUGAACAUGUGCAAAUGGCCCUAAAUAAAUCUACACUCUAAAACUUUA